AACGCAAAGUUUCAACCAUCACUACGGCGACGGGAGCGACCUCUGCCUUAAAAUAUGCGCUCUAAUUUGCGCAUUGGCCAUCUUCGUGACUUUCGUUUUUGAACUCGUAUCGAGCAACCGAUAUCCUAUUUCCUAUUUUGUAUUUUGUGGCAGAAUAGAGGAUUUUUAUAUUUUUAACAUUUUUUUAUUCUGCCUGGUCCUUCUCCAAUCCACAACAUGGUCUUCGAUGCCAGAUAAUUUGGAAUCAGCGAGCUACGAGCUAUUAAGGACCAAGGGCCUCCAUUGCGGCUGAGACAAAGGAGAAACGCAUCGUGUGGAAUAUUUCCUGCCCAUCCAACAUACCGGCUUUCCAGUGAGGAGUGCAGCUAGAAGUAUCCCGAGGCGGCUAUUUCUUCAUCCAGCUACGAAGUGCUCAACUGUUCUACCUAUAUUCCGGAUACGACGACCCAUAUCAUUAUUCCGUAUUCGACGACGUCCAUAAGGAGUGAACAGGUUAAGAAGAGCUAAAAGUGAGUCCGUUCCUUAAUUACCAUCCUAAAUUCUACAAAUACCUAUUUUCUAAAACAUUCUUCUAUUUGACACAGCGUAUUAAGAUAAUCAAUUAAUCACCUAUCCUUUAAAACCCAAUACCUAUUUUAAACAUACAUUAAAUCAAUAACCGUUACCUAUUUACGAUUUCUAUACAAAUAAAUCAUACCUAAAACUCAAAUAAAUCUUCAGUUUUAAAAUUGCAUAGGUAAAUCGGCCGAGCGCUGAUAACGUUUUUUGCUAUAUCUAACGGGACGCCCGGCCGCCAUAGGUAUUUAUCGCCAUAACUCAGCCGGCUUGCAUUAAGUAAACAACAUUGGAAUAAUUAGGAUUAAAUUCAUAAGAAAGUGGUUAAGUUUACGUUCCUGGUUUAUUGUGCUGGUGUUUAUGGUGAAAUAAAGUGUUUAAGUGCUAAGAAGGUAAAUAUUAAGUACAAUUAAAGAUGUCAGAAGCCGUGAUGAAAGAGUUAAUUAAAAAAAGGGGUCAUAUUAAGUCGCGAUUAACUAAAUUUUCAGGUUACAUACGCGAGUUAGCCGAAAAAGUGUUGUGUGCGGCUCAGGUGACGGAACUUCAGCUUCGGAUUGCUAAAUUGGAAUGUGUUUACAACACGUAUGAUGAAAUUCAAACCAAGUUGGAGUACAUGGCAGAGGAUGACGAGGCCCAGUUAGACGAGAGGUCUGAGUUCGAGGAUUUAUACUACUCGUCAGUCGCGGCGGCUAAGGAAUUGGUAACCAUGCAUUCCAAGGUCGCGCCUAGCGAUGGGGGUUCCGACAACAAUACGCGGCGCCAUCCACAUGUAAAAUGUAAGUUACCUACCAUUUCUUUACCGAAGUUUGGAGGCUCGUAUGAUACAUGGCUUGAGUUUCGUGACACAUUCGAUAGUUUAAUUAAUAAUGACGACUCCAUUGAUGAUGUAAAUAAGUUUCAUUAUCUGCGGGCUUCAUUAGUAGGAAGUGCCGCGAUAAUUGUACAAUCCUUAGCCUUAUCUAGUAGUAACUAUAAAAUAGCCUGGCAGUUAUUAUGCGAUAGGUACAAUAACAAGCGGUUAUUGGUGAAUAAUCAUAUUAAGGCCAUAUUUAAUUUAACCCCAAUUACCAAGGAGUCGCCGACAGCUAUUAGGCAUCUUAUAGAUACGAUAUGUAAAAAUAUACGUGCGUUAGCGACCCUUGAUGAACCAACCACCCAUUGGGAUACAUUAUUAGUUUAUAUAAUAUGUCAAAAACUUGACAAUGUUACUAGACGAGAGUGGGAGGAGUUUGUGCCUAGUUGCGAAACAGUUACUUUCGAUGCUAUCAUACAUUUCCUCAGCGACCGUGCGGAUCUGUUGGAAACCAUGGCGAUGGACGGGCCCGGGCGCCGCGCGUCCUGGCCGCUCGCCGCUCGCGCCGGCGCUGCCUCCGCUGCGCACGCGCGCUCCGCUGUGCGACAAGUUAAGGAAAAGUGUUUCGUAGGACUAGAUGAACGUCAAACUAAUACUGAGCGCACUAAAUGGAGGCAAGCCAAGGGUCAACUUGCAGUCGACACCAUGGUCGUUAUUAAGGACGACAACCUGCCUCCAUUGAAAUGGAAGCUCGGCAGAAUCGUCAACGUCAUUCCUGGAUCCGAUGGCAUCAGUCGCGUGGCCGACAUCAGGACGUCAUCCGGGAUCAUCCGUCGUGCGUUCAGCAAGAUAUGUCCACUACCAGUCGACAAGUAAUUCCUCGGUUGAAAGACCAAGCUUUCAACGUGGGCGGGCAUGUUGGAACUAAACGCAAAGUUUCAACCAUCACUACGGCGACGGGAGCGACCUCUGCCUUAAAAUAUGCGCUCUAAUUUGCGCAUUGGCCAUCUUCGUGACUUUCGUUUUUGAACUCGUAUCGAGCAACCGAUAUCCUAUUUCCUAUUUUGUAUUUUGUGGCAGAAUAGAGGAUUUUUAUAUUUUUAA